ACCCCCACAACAACCCUGCCCCCAACCCUCGACUUUGACUCCAUCUCCGAAUACAUCAUCCCCAAACCCGCCCUCUGCAACCGUCUCGUCACCCUCUCCACCCCGCACUACCAGAUCCUCUCACACCCCGUGAGCAUCACCAACGCGAAAUACGAGCGCAACGCACUCCUUUUCAAUCUCGGUUUCGUGUUUGAGAAGAACGCACCGACGCGGGUGUAUGAGCAGAUUGUGAGGAAGCUGGCGAGGAUAUUGAUGGGUGCUGAGGUGCAGUUUGGGUUCUUGAGGAAUGAGGUGACGAAGAAGGAAGCGUUGGGGAAUAUCAUUGAGCAGAUUUAUGAUGAUUUGAAUUCGUAUGCGGAGUGUCAGAUUCCCUUAAACGAAUCAAACAUGAUAAACCUCAAACUCUUCCCGGCCUACCCCAACCCCCCACCAGUUCACGAUUACCAAGUCCCAGUGCUGAUCGUCAACCUGGAGCGGAUGAUGGACAAGCACUGGGAUAUGACGAUUCAGCGGGUGAUUCCGCGGAUCAAUGGGAUCCAUAGCGUGAAGCGGAUAAGUGAGAAUGCGGAUGUGGAUUGUGGGUUGGUUAGGAUUGCUGUGCAGCAUUUAUUAUAUUACGGAUGCGUCAAGAUGGUCGAUAUCUUCCAGUUCUCCAACAUCUACGGCAUCCGCCCCACCCUAACCCACCUCCUCCGCUCCCCCACCCUCCAAUCCGAACUAUCCACCUUUGUCACCCGCCCCGGCAAACCCGCCCCGGCCUUCGCGCUCUUGUUCUCGCUGUACUGUGCGCUGAAACCGGGGACGACGGUGGGGGAGUGGAUGGAGGAUAAUAAUGUGGGCGGGUUAAAUGUUGAUGUGCGACGGUUCUUCAUGUACGGCGUGAUCAAAGAAUUCGUGUACAGGAUCCAUAAAUACCCAUUC